AUGGUAUGCUCGCUCCCUGGUAGCCCUCAGCCGCAGGAGCGCUUGGCAGGAAGCGCUAUGGUGCUUGGGGAAUGCGAAGGCCCUCCGCUGCCGCCACAGCCUUCUUCUGCUGCCGCCUUUGCACCACGAUGUCGCCGACCUCGGGACCGCACCCUCCAAGCAUGUGCCAAAGCUACCGAAUGGGACCAGGCGCUCGACUUAUGGUGCCGGCUCAUCCGAGAGCCGUUGUGUGACCACCAUGAGCGCCGGUGCGCGCUCACCGCGCUGCUGAACUCUUUGGCCAAUGCCAGCACAGAGAGCCGAGUGCACGUGGAGGCUUUGAUGUGCUCAGAGCUUCAGCGCGGCUGGCCGCCAGAAGGCCUGCCAGCCUUCAAGAUCGGUCUCAGAGUGAUUGCAGACACUGCCGAGUGGCAGAGAUCGGUGGCGUUGCUGAAGAGGCAAGCGGAUUCGGCCUCCUACACGAUCGUCAUCAACGCAACUGCUCAAGGCACAGAGUGGAAGCUGGCCUUGGAGCUCUUGAAGCAGGCUGAAAUGGCUUGUGCAGUGGAUGGCAGCGCAGUCAACCUGGCCAUGAACGCUUGUGUCCAGGCCAGCCACUGGACCAAAGCCCUCCAUUUGCUGAAGCGCCUCCAGCCUCUUGGGUCCGCAGCAGGUGCCCUCCUUCAAUACUGCCGCUGCUGGGUGUGCAAGCGCUAUGCAGUGGGAGCGCUCCCUUUGGCAGCACAGCCCAGCCUCAUCUCCUACAAUGUGGCCAUGAGCGCCUGUGAGAAGGCUUCAAGAUGGGAGCCUUGGCGACAAUGGACGACGGUGUGUGACAUUGUAGGACUGAAGGAGUUGGCAAGACCCAAGGCCUCAAAAGUCCGCAAACGUCCCGUUGGAUGCUUUUUCACCAGUUUCUUGAGACUUCGCGGACACUCUGUUGGGCCACAUAACGCAUGUACUUUCAUCCUGCGAAGCGCAGACACUUUCUCUUGCCUCAAGGUUUCUGCGCUGGCACUUCUCGAGGAGAUGGUGUCACGCAAGCAUUCGCCCAGCAUGGCCAGCUACGGGGCAGCGGCUGCUGGGCUGGAGAAGGCGGCGAAGGGUCACAAGGCCUUGAAUCUCUUGGAGAGGCGCGGCGCAACAAGCGGGCUCUCAGGUCGUAGUCUUGAACUCGGUCAUCUCAGCUUGUGA